UUUCAUUGGUUAAAAGUUAAAAGUUGAAAAUUCAUUUUUCCCCACACAAGGCACAACACCGCUACAGCUGGUCUUUGAAUUUGAGUAAACGAAAAUUAUCAUACAAUGUUUUUGUAUUUUAGGGUAGAGUUAAGUUAAAAAUUAUAUACUGUUUAGAUUUACAUAUUUAGGUAAACUUAGCUGCUUAUUACUGAGAAUGGAAAUAAAACGAAUAUGCAGGUUGUUCGUGUUUUUAACGAUAUUUUCUUCUGUAAUAUCAAAGAAGAAAUCAAAGUCAGUUACAACUUUACUAGAGGCAAAAUGGGAAACAACACCAUUGGUAUUAGAAGUAGCUGAAUAUUUGGCUGAAGAAAACCCGCAACUUUUUUGGGAUUAUAUCGAUUCUAUUUCGAAUUUAAGCCCACCAUUAAAUAAUAUAGAAAAUGACAAGAAUAAGUAUAAUUUAUUAUUGAAACAUGCAGAGGCAUUACUGGCACCAAUGCAGCUUUCAGUAUUAAAGUUGUCACUCUCUUUACAUAUCUAUUCUCCAAAAGUACAAAUGUUUGGUCAGAUUGCUAAUGAAAAACAUUUACCUGAUUGUGCAUGUAUAGCUGAUGUUGGUGGAAAAAUGACCUGUGAUAUAAAUCAACUGUCAAAGUUUAUAGAUAAUCCGACAGAUGUACAACAACCACCUGAGCUGUUUAGAGUUGAUAACCAUUUUCCUGGUUCGGCAAACAGGUCAUUAGCUGUAGUGCUUUAUGGUGAAUUAGGAACAGAAUGUUUUUCUCAGUUUCAUCGGUUACUCAAGAAGGAAGCAAUUGAUAAUAAAAUAGAUUAUGUUUUGAGACAUUACGUUCAGACUAAGACUAAUAAAAGAUUGAGACUAUCAGGUUAUGGGGUAGAACUCCAAAUAAAAUCUACAGAAUAUAAAUCACAGGAUGAUACUGAAGUUAAAGAAAAUAAGGCUUCAGAAGAGUCUUCACAGGAAGAAGAAGAUAUUGAGAUUGAGGGAUUUGAUUUUGCAAAAUUAAAAAAGUUGUUCCCAGAUUUAAGAAAAAACCUGGAUAAGUUUAAACAUCAUUUAGAGGACUCUUCAAAUGAGCUGGUUCCUUUAAAAGUUUGGCAGUUUCAAGAGUUAAGUUUGCAAGCUGCAGAACGGAUUAUGAAUGCACCCAAAGAUGAAAGUUUGAAAGUGUUAACAAACAUUGCUCAAAAUUUUCCAAUGCAAGCUAAAUCUUUGGUUCAAACUGUUGUUAAUCCCGAUAUGAAAAAAGAAAUGAAAAUUAAUUCUGACAUUUUUGCAUCGACCCUUAAUCUUCAACCAUCUGAUACGGCUCUUUUUAUUAAUGGAAUGUUCUAUGAUAUUGAUGUAGUUGAUAUCUAUGGGAUUUUAGAGAUAUUAAGGCAGGAAUUAAGAACCAUGGAAGGUCUUUAUUCUCUUGGAAUUGGUAAUAAACGAAUGAAGUCUUUGCUACAUCUGGAUUUUAGCGAAAGCGGCAGUUCCUCAGAAUUUGCCAUCGACAUUAGAGAUUCGUCAGUUAACUGGCUCAACGAUAUUGAAAAAGAUUCAAAGUAUCGAUAUUGGUCUAGUAGUUUAAUGGAACUAUUGAGACCAACUUUUCCAGGCAUGAUCAGACAAAUCAGAAGAAAUUUGUUCAAUUUAGUACUUAUUGUUGAUCCGAUUGAUAGUAAAGUGCGCCCUUUAUUUAAGUUGAUCGAAUCAUUUGUAGUUCAUGUUUCGCCUAUUCGAGUAGGAGUAGUUUUCAAUGUGAACGCUUCCAAAUCAGUAACUGGAUUGCAGGAUGCGGGUGUAGCUAUGCUAUGUGCAUUUAAUUAUGUUCAACAAAGUAAAGAUGCCCUUACAGCUUUUUCGUUUUUAAGGAGUAUCAUGAAAAGGGCUGAUGAUAAUCAGGUAACUGUUGAAGACGUGAAGAAAGAGUUAAGAUCGCAAUAUAGUGAAGAUCCAAAUGAUAUUUUAGGUGAAGAUUCUGAUUAUGAUUUUGGAAGACAGCUCUCCAAAGAUUUUAUUGACAGAACUGGCCUUUCUGUAUUUCCACAAGCAUUGCUCAACGGUAUUCCGUUACCAUAUGAUAAGGUAAAUGUUGACGAUUUUGAAGAAGCAGUAAUUCAAGAAAUAAUGCAACACACAGCGUUUGUUCAAAAACAGGUUUACAGAGGAAAAGUUUCAGAGGGUCAAGAUAUAUUUAAUUAUUUAAUGGACCAACCUAAUGUAAUGCCAAGAUUGAACGACAGAGUUCUAAAUCGGGAAAGGUCAUUUUAUUUAGACAUGUCUGGGAAAUCUAUUAGUAUCACAAACCUGGAGGCUUUGCUGAAAUUGAAUAUCCCAGACAUGACUGCAACCGCAGUGGAAAAUUUAAGAUAUUUUACUGUACCUAAGAAAGGAAGGCAAUAUCAUUCCAUCUCGUAUUGGAUUGCAGGCGAUUUGGAUUGUCCAAGAUCAAGACAACUUCUGCUGGAAGCUUUGGAACAUCUGAAGUUAGAAAGUGACAUAAGAGUAAGUUUUCUACCAAACGUCAACGGAAAUAAGAACAAUUUGUAUAAUAAACUGGUCUUGGCUUUACUUGAAGUGCUGCCCUCUGAUGGAGCUUUAAAUACGAUGCUCGCGCUUUUGAGAGAUCCAGAUACUAACGAAAAAUUAGAAAAAGGUGACAAGUUGGACAUUUCAUCUGAAGUUUGGUCCAGAGUCGAAGCGCAGGAACUUAAUUUAAAAAUGCUCAGAGUCUACAGUCAAAAAGUACUGAAUCUUAAAGCAUCUGAACGUGCCAUUGUUGCUAAUGGAAGGGUACUUGGUCCAUUAAACGAAGAUGAAUUGUUUACAGGGGAUGAUUUUUCCUUAUUGGAAAGAUUUACCGGUGCUUCAUAUUUAGAUAAGAUAAAUGCCGCUAUUGCGGCUACAGAUGACGACGAAGAUUAUGCAAUUACUAGCAAUACCAUUUUAAAAAUCGAACCGCUACUGGUUUCGAAGUCGUCAAGUAAAUCACGUUUUGAUGUUUCGUACAGUUCAGAUGAACAUUCAGUUCUAAAAAUUCCCGCCCAACAUCCGGAUAGGGUAGCCUUCGAUUUAGUUGCUGUGGUUGAUCCAGUGUCGAGAGGAGCGCAAAAAUUAGGGCCUAUUUUACAAGUAUUAAGUGAGGUACUGAAUUGUAACAUAAAGGUCUUUUUGAAUUGUGUGGAGAAAAACAGUGACAUGCCUGUGAAAAGUUUCUAUCGGUUUGUCGUGGAGCCAGAGAUACAGUUCUCGGAAGAUGGUAAACAAUUACCGGGACCAAUGGCCAGGUUUAAUAAUAUGCCGUUGUCUCCAUUAUUGACACAAAAUUAUCAUGUCCCAGAAAACUGGUUGGUUGAAGUAGUUCGAUCCGUUUAUGAUUUGGACAAUAUUCGUCUGGAGAAUGUUGAAAGUAAUGUACAUAGCGAAUAUGAGUUGGAGUAUCUUCUUCUGGAAGGUCAUUGUUUCGAACAAACAGCCGGUAGUCCUCCGAGAGGGCUUCAAAUCACUUUAGGGACUGAAAGUAACCCUGUCAUUGUCGAUACGAUUGUGAUGGCCAAUUUGGGAUAUUUCCAAUUGAAAGCUAAUCCUGGAGCUUGGCUUCUUAGGUUAAGGCAAGGAAGAAGUGCCGAUAUUUAUGACAUUGUCAGCCAUGAUAAUACCGAUAGUCCACCAAACUCGACUGAUAUCAAAGUACUUAUUAGUUCAUUAAGGUCUCAUAUAGUUAAGUUAAGGGUACAAAAGAAGCCAGAUAAAUAUAACUUGGAUUUGCUUUCUGAUGAUGAGGAGAAUACUGGAUUAUGGAAUUCUAUUACUAGUUCUUUUAGCGGAAAAGAAGAUGAAAAGGAAGAAAAACUAAAUAUAUUUUCAGUCGCGUCUGGUCAUCUGUACGAACGAUUUUUAAGAAUCAUGAUGUUGUCAGUAUUGAAACAUACUAAAACACCCGUGAAAUUUUGGUUUUUGAAAAAUUAUCUAUCGCCACAAAUAAAGGACUUUUUGCCUUAUAUGGCUAAACAGUAUGGGUUCGAAUAUGAAUUAGUCCAGUACAAGUGGCCCAGGUGGUUGAUUCAGCAAACCGAAAAGCAAAGAAUAAUUUGGGGAUACAAGAUUUUGUUCCUGGACGUCUUGUUUCCUCUUGAUGUUAAAAAAAUCAUUUUUGUUGAUGCUGACCAGGUAGUUAGAACAGACUUGAAAGAGCUACGAGAUUUAGAUUUAGGUGGAGCACCUUACGGAUAUACGCCGUUUUGCGAUUCACGCACGGAAAUGGAUGGUUUCAGGUUUUGGAAACAAGGGUAUUGGCGAAAUCAUUUGCAAGGUCGAAGGUACCAUAUUUCCGCAUUGUAUGUUGUCGAUCUGAAAAGAUUCCGACGCAUAGCGGCUGGUGAUCGAUUGCGUGGUCAGUACCAAGCCUUAAGUCAAGACCCCAACAGUCUUUCAAAUUUGGAUCAGGACUUGCCAAACAAUAUGAUCCAUCAGGUGGCGAUUAAAUCUCUGCCUCAAGAGUGGUUGUGGUGUGAGACGUGGUGUGACGACGCGUCUAAAGGGAAAGCCAAGACCAUCGAUUUGUGCAAUAAUCCUUUAACAAAAGAGGCGAAACUGUCAGCAGCUAUAAGAAUUCUACCCGAAUGGAAAGGUUACGACGAAGAAAUAAGAGAAUUACAAAAGAAAAUAGACUCUGGUCUAUUUGAUGAUGACUCUGCUACCGAAGAUAAACAGAGCGACAGCCAUAAAGAUACGACUGAUAUACAUUCAGAACUAUAGGGUAAUAACAAAAAUAAAUUAAUGUAAAUUUAACUAUGUACAGUAAUAGGAUUGCAUUAUAGGUUAUUUAAUUGUCAUAAACUGUCGAUAAGUUAGUACUAUUUACAUUCUUUUCCAUUCUGUGAAAGUAUUUUUUAAAAAUAAAACGUUUUGAAACUAUA